AUGGAGAGCCCCUUGACGGCAGAGUCAGCUCCCCCAACCCCAGCUCCCCGAAACCAUACUCCUUCUCCAAGUCCCAGAGCUGAGGCCCAAGAGGUGAGAAUGGAGGAGAAAGAGGGAACAGUGGAGGAGGGUGAGACAGCGGACACAGAGGAGGACCCUAUAUAUCUCUCUCUAUCAGAGGUGUCAGUGUUUGUGGAGGAGCCAGCAGAGGAUGCAUCAGAGAAGGCUGUGGCUGAAGAGGCUGCGGCCGAGGAGAGGGCUGAGAGAGAGGCUCAGAGGCAGCUCCUGGCCACAGAGGAGCUGGUCUACACAGAGAGGAACUACCUGAGACUCCUCCAGGUCUGCACCUGCACCAUCAGGAGCAACCUGCAGAAACACCAGGUACUGUACUGCACCGCUGCAUAGGGCUAGGAGGGUUUCCUGAACAUGGGAAAACUCUGGGCCCUACUGGGUCUUCCUCUCUAAGGAAUGGUUAUCUUGAAGCACCAUGCUUUAUUUCCUUUCACGUCUCUGAAGGUUUUUCAAUGACCAUAUAAUCGAAUGUCUUUGAUUACAAGGCCACGCUGAAAACGGGUGUCUCGUAAAAACAGGAUGGAAUCCCAUUUUAUGGGGUGGAAGACAGGCCUGUCUAUGCAUCAGCCAGUGGUAAUGAUGGAGGGGCUAAUGUAAUUGUAUGUGGGAGAGAGGAAAGAGAGGAGGAGGGGAUAGUUUAGUGGUAGGUGACUGAUGCCCUUUGUUGAGCAUUUAAGUCAGUCUAUACCUUCUCCUCCACCACAGCCUCAGCUGACUAACCUGGACAGCAUGUUCCUGUACAUAGAGGAGGUGAUCGACGUGUCAGGCCGCCUCCUCAGCCUCCUGGACCAGAAGCAAUUGACGCCCCAUGAUCCUCUCUUCCUGGAGACUCUAUGUAAGUAGUAAGAAUAUUGCAAUGCUGUAUCAGGACAGUUCCCUUGGCUGGGCUAUUCACACCUCCCAUAUACACCAUCACACCUUGUGAUUCUCACUCCCAGGUAGCUACUAAUAUAUAUUCACACCUGCACUACCACACCUGCUAAUCCUACGGGGGCUAUCAUGAAUAGGCUCAUGUCCACCCCCUCUGUUUCACAGGGCUAUUGAUACCAGCUGCUUGUCAUGAUGUGUUCUACAUGGCUGUGUGUAUUAAAGUCCUAUGAGCACAUUUCCCACCAUGGUGUUAGACAACACUUACACAUACAGUCCCCCUUUGCAGUCAAGCUGCUUGGAUGGGUCAGCUAGAUAAUGAAAAACUAAAACUCCCUCUCUGUGGCAACCAUGUUAGCCCUGCUAUAUUUCAUUGUGGAGCAAACAACAGUGCCAAGUUCAUUUUUUCCAUUAUUUAGUUGACCUUGCUCAGCACCUGGACUGCUAGGUGUCUCCAUUAUUUAGUUGACCUUGCUCAGCACCUGGACUGCUAGGUGUUUCCAUGAUUUAGUUGACCUUGCUCAGCACCUGGACUGCUAGGUGUUUCUGCUAGGUGUCUCCAUUAUUAAGUUGACCUUGCUCAGCACCUGGACUGCUAGGUGUUUCCAUGAUUUAGUUGACCUUGCUCAGCACCUGGACUGCUAGGUGUUUCCAUGAUUUAGUUGACCUUGCUCAGCACCUGGACUGCUAGUUGUUUCCAUGAUUUAGUUGACCUUGCUCAACACCUGGACUGCUAGAUGUUUCUGCUAGGUGUCUCCAUUAUUUAGUUGACCUUGCUCAGCACCUGGACUGCUAGGUGUUCAAACAUUGAUCUGUCCUGCAGAGAUCAAACCUGCAAGAAUGACUAGAGAGACUCUGAAAAAGAUAUUCAGUACAUAACAGCAACAAAAUGAAACGCCUUUAUAUAGUCAGUUGUAUCACCUUAGCAACGUUCCAUGGGACGGAUAAAGGACAACACGGGAGGCAUACAUGUACAUUUAUAUCACAUCAUGAAUACUUGAUUCAUAUUCCCUUCAGGUGAGGCCUUCCUCAGUCUAUCAACAGACAUAGAGUCGGCGUACAAGGAGUACCUGGCCAACUACAACAACGUCACAGCGCUAGAGAACAGCUACAAGCAGAAAGAAGCCCUGUGGACUGAGAUAGUGAAAGUCAUCAAGUCCUCAGCGUAUGUUCAUAUCUCCCUCUCUGCAUUCCUGUUCCUACCAUUGUUUGUCUCUAAUGUCUCAUUGAGAUCCACUACUAAAACUGGCCUUGAUAUCACACCCCAUCUCUAUUGUGUUAUGAACUUCCAUGUACAGUUUUCUCACUACAAGUCCAGGAAGUAUGACAAAGUGAGACUGUUGUGUACAGGCCAGAGGUGAAUGCUGCCUCUCUGAGCUUCUUCCUGGUGAUGCCAGUCCAGAGGAUCGCCCGCUACCCUCUUCUCUUCCAGACCGUCAUGAAACACACAGAGCCUGGGCACCCAGCCUACUCUCUCCUGGAGCAGACUGCCCACACCGCCAUAGCCCUCAACUGCAGGAUCAACGAGUACAAACGCUUCAGGGAAGUCGGUGAGAACAUGAGCUAGCUAUCACCAUCUAGUAAUCAUUCCCUGUGAUUGGUUCUAGUGUUCAGACAGGGAUGAGGAAUUGAUAGAUUGGGGACCUUGCCUUCACUUAUUCCUGAACACCCAUAUUAGAAUUUGUUGUCUUGUCGUCACAGCCGACAAAUACAAGAAGACGGAGACCCUGACGAUAAGGGAUAAGAUGAAUCGACUGAACAGCCACAGCAUCGCAAAGAAGACUGCCAGACUGAGUCAGUUCAUCAAACAUGAGACGGGGAUUGCACCAAAGGUAAGGUUCUGUCUGUGCCUGUCCUUGUUAAGAUCACUCAGCCAUAAAAUGAAGCUACACUUUCUACAGGGAAUGGAAACUGAGGUGAGAGAACAAAUGAUAUGACUAGUGUUUACCUGCUGUAUUCAAACCUUGCUUCACACCUCUGAGGAGCAUUUGUUAGAUAAAGUAUGUAGAGAGUCGUUGAAUACAAUGACUCAUGCUAUUGUGGAGGAAUCUCACAUGGUUAUGAGUAUUCCCUUGUGGACAUUUUUAGACAUAUUAUUCAUCAAGUCACAAACUGAAGCUCUGGGUCUCUUUUUAGCAAUGGAUGGUAGAACUACUAGAAUGUUCUUAUUUUAAUCUCUGUAAAGAUUUGUUGAAUUUGCUGUUAAAGGGAUACUUUGGGAGUUUGGCAAUGAGGCCCCUUAUCUACUUCCCCAUAUUCAGAUUAAUUGUAGAUACUAUUGUUGUCUGUGUAUCCAGUAUGAAGGAAGUUAGAGGUAGUUUCUAGAGCCAAUGCUAACUACCAUGCUAACAGAUACCGAUAGACUUCCAGUCAUUGCGCUAACGCUAGUUAACAUUGGCUCCCGAAACUACCUCUAACUUCCUUCCUACUGGACACAGAGACAUACAAAUGGUAUCCAUGAGUUCAUCUGACUCUGGGGAAGUAGAUAAAUGGCCUCGUUGCCAAACUCCCCAAAUAUCCCUUUAAUAACUUCCCUCUGUUCAAUUCCAGCUGGUAGAUGAGGAGUUUGAUGCCUUGGAGGGCUUUUUCUAUCUCCUUGAAAAUGGUAUCACCGUGCUACAUGAAAAUGUGGAGACAUAUCUAGACCAUCUACAGGUGAGCUUUUGUUGACCCUAGCCUUUUGCUAUGGAGACCAGAGUAAGAUCACCAUGACAACACUGGAAUCACUUUGUUUAUGUGUGGCUUUCCACUCAACAUAUAAUUAGUGCACAAUCCCUUAGCAUUCACUUCUGGCUUGGCAUCCUCUUCUCACUAAAUAAUGGGCUACAGCUCUGAUCUGAUGGAUUUUCUUUUUCCAGUGGUGAGCAGUUGACAAUUUAGAGGCAAUGUAACUGUAAGAAAAUCAGUUUAAAGUAUUCAGCCUGCUACUCAUUGCCCCACCUAAUAUGUGAAUGCAGUCCCUCCCUACUGCCAACAACCACAGGCCAGCACUGUCGCUCAUAAACCAUGCAUUACUGACCACUGCCACACAGAUUUGGGUUUACGUUUCCCCGUGUCUAAUUCUAGUUCAUGUUGAAACUUUCCUUCCAUCGUUAUAUUCCAGAGGUUUCUCAGCUAUCGACCGGAGGAGUUUGAUCUUGACAUGGACGGUGAGAAGCCUGUUAUAUGCUACAAGGAAAUCACAACAGCACUGAGACAAUGGAUACUUCCUACAUUUGUAAGUUAAGCUACAGUACCAUUUUGUUAUGUUAUAAAAAUAGGCAUCAGAAAAAAAGAAUUAUGCAUAUGGACGUGUUUCACUUUCCCUCUUGUCAGCCCCGUCCUUCACGUUUCAGAUUACACUGUCUGUGCCUCACACUUUUAUCUCCCCUCCCCCCUCCCCCACUCAUUCCUCUAUCCCAAUCCCCCCCCUCUCUCUCUCCAGGAGAAGAGGAUGAGGACUUUGGUCCACAAGCCUCUCUGUGCCCUAAAAGAGCUCCUGGCGGGGCCUCAUAACCUGAUCAGUAAGCGUCUGGACAAGCUGCUAGACUACGAGCUGAUCGAAGAGAAGCCCAGUCUGAGCUACGAUGAGCAGGCGGUGGCUAACACCUAUAAGACCAUCAACACCCUGCUCCUCAACGAGCUGCCCCAGUUCAACGGCCUGGCCCUCAACCCUGCUCUGGGGCAUGCUGGGGGCCUUCAGCUGCCUGCACAAGGACCUGGCUGCAGACAUGGAGCAGCUCUUCCAGGGAUUCACCCAACAGGUACACAAUAAUACAGUACUGGAGUUGAGGGGAUGACUAGCAUGUUUGUUGUGUGGAUACAGACAAAUGCCUAUUUUCUCUAUGAUCCAAAAGGCUACAUUAGCUAAGUAGCAGGUUGCUCAUGUAUUUGUUACUACAUUUAGAAUGAGAUUUUAUGGGAGCUAUACCUAAAGCAGAGAUGCAGUUGAGCUUGACUAUUUUUCUCAUCUUAUUUUGUUUAACAUGUCUUUUUGCAGCUCCCUCCCGGUUCCCUGGAGCCUAAUGCAUUCUGGGAGUGGGCGGAGUGUUCGGUGCUGGAGGGUGCGAGGAGGCUGGAGAGUCUGUGUUGGAAUGUGAAGGACCAACUCAAUGAUUCCAUUGUCCAGGUCAGUCUCAGCAGAAGCUGCACUAUAAUCUGUUGUUUGGUGGCGAUGGGACUUGUCGGGUAACAUUGCCAGGGACAGUGUGUGUACACAUCUACAGCCCCACAGGACUUGUUGUCAAAUAGCAGCAGGAUGAUUCAUACUGUCAAUGUUAUUAUGCCGCAUUAUGUGUUUGUAAUAACCUGAAUUGGAUCAUGAUAGCUAUUUCUACAAGCCUUGGGGUUGUGGUGUUACCUGUUGAGGGUUCUGAGAAAGGUGGUCGCCUGAAGGUACUGUAACUAAACACAAGCCUUUUGUCAAAACUAACACACUAGAACACGUCAUGUCACAACACGAACCUGUAUUUCCUGUAAUAAAUACUGGAAAUUCCAUUACCUUUUUCCCCAAGUCGGAACAGAAACCACCAUUCAUUUUGCUUGGUCAUAAUACAGCAAUAACCUUACUCUAGCCACCUCAUGGCUCCUAUCAUCACCACACCACUACUCAUUACUUUAACUGAUGAGAAUGUGAAGCUGCCGAGAGGAGAGGGGAGAGAGAUGGUGUAGUUUAAUCUUCCAGACUAAUCUAGACAUCUCACAGUCCAUGUUAUAAGCUGUACUUUAUGUCUGUCUGUCUGCAGUGUGCAGGAGCAGCUCUCCUGGCUGUAGGCCUCACAGAACCGAUGAACAGCAUCCCAAAUGGCACCCUAUUCCCUAUAUAGUUCACCAGCCCUGCUCAGAAGUAGUGCACUAUAUAGGGAAUAGGGUGCCAUUUGGGACAUUACCAGAGAGGGUAGCUAUAUGAUAGUAAUGAGACUCAGCCUGUCAGGUCUACAGGAAUACAUGACAGCACUAGGGAGGAUGGGCAGCUCAUCUGUGGCUAGAGAGAAACAUCUACAGUACUAGAAAGAAACAGGAUCGCUUCAUUAGCUACUCUUAGAUGACAUAGUGAAGCCAUUUAAACUCUAGAAGUCACCCUGGGUGGAAGCUAAGCAGGUGAACACCAGUGAUGAUGAACAUGGCGAAUGACUAGCUGUCAAAGCCAUUGCUCUACUAUGUUCCUGAUGGUUCCCUAUCGGUUCCAAUAACUCUACCAGGGUCGUGUUAAUUAGGGCACACCGUAGCAAAACGUUUAAUAACCUUUUGCAACUGAAAGUAAAACAUUGACAUUUCUUAUUGAACAAAUGCAGGUCAUCCCUCCCUAUUUCAGUCAUUUGGUGUGUAAUGUACACAACGCUGUCCUCCCAGCCUCUCAGCCCUGGCUCCCAGAAUCGUCUGAAGGUCCUGACAGACAAGCACGGCUCAGGGAAGAUCUACCAGCUGACAGGUCAUGUGGUGGGGACCAGAGACCUGGACCUGAGCCUGAACAGAGGAGAGCUGGUGGCCAUCAUCAGUGAGAUGGACACACGGGGGGACAAACGACGCUGGCUGGUCGACGCUGGGGGUAAGACCGCCAAAACAUCUUGCCUUUUCACAAGAGGGGCUUAUCUUUAAAAUAGCAAACGGCUUUACUUUCUAAAAGGAAAGUCAGUCCUUUGGUCUGUCAAUGUAGCAGUGAAUACCAAACUAAAAUGAGUAGAAUGCCGCUUCAGCCACCACCAGUUAAAGUGGAGACAUCUAAUGGUUGUUUACUGUUACUGCUGCCUGGUUACCUUUAAAAAAAUCUAAGACGGUGAGAUCUAUCAAUCCAAAUAGAUUUGAUUAAUUAUAGGAUAACAUGUGGUUUAUAUAUGGUACAUCUCAUCAGAUUAUAAUUACUUAUGAAUUCAUGUCUUCCAAUCAUCUACACCAAUCCCCCUGUGUCCAGGUCCAAGAGGAUACGUCCCCUCCUCCAAGUUGGUGCGUUACCACCAGGUAACCAUGGACCCUCCCCCGUCCCCUCAUCUGACAGUCACUACCAUGGAUUGCGCUGGGGGGGUCAGAAGACACUCCUACCACCCUGACAUCAGGCGACUCUCCUACACCCCUGAUACACCCCAGCCCCAGCUCGUGAGGGCUAUGUCCGUUCACUGCUUCCAGGUCAGUGACACUCUGUUCGGGGGGGGGCAAAUGAGCUGCUUGCCCUUGUCAGCAGUGUUGAAAUGCAGAGCGCCCCAAACCUUCUCCUGAGUGCUUUAUCCAUUUAUUUGUUUUAGUCCUUCAAACAUCAUCAUACAUUGUUGGAGUCUCUCUCUCACACACACACGCACGCACACAUGCACGUGGAGGAAGUGUUGAGGCACAUAAUUGUAUCUGGGUUCGGUCUGUCUGUGGCUGAGCUGUCGAAAUACACCUCUCCUGGUUGUUAAAGUGAGUGAUUCUCCUUGUGACCUUUGGGAGGCAUUUAUCAUACUCUUCAAGCCAGCCCUCUUCAUGCACCGCUGGCAGUAUGAUCACUAAUCAUCCUGCUAAGGCUUUGAUUCUUCAACUUGGGUGGUCCAUUUUAGUCUGUUCUUUCUGUCCAACGUCCUUGCCAUGGCUGAGUAUGUGUCAGAGCAGAGGAGACCAGGGUUGGGCUCAAUUCAGAAUUCCAAUUGAAUGCUUACAUUUGUAUUGAAUUUGAAUUGAAGCAGUAAACAGGACACAGAAUUACAAUUUGAAUGAAAGGAAAUAUAAUUGAAUUCAGUAAAAUUCUAUGAAAUUCAAAUGCCUCUUCUAUAUUAGGUGUAGUCUAUACAAAUAUACACUGAGUGUACAAAACAUUAGGAACACCUGCUCUUUUCAUGACAGACUGACCAGGUGAAUCCAGUUGAAAGCUAUGAUCCCUUAUUGAUGUCACCUGUUAAAUCCACUUCAAUCAGUCUAGAUGAAGAGACAGGUAAAAAAAAAAAGAUUUUUAAGCCUUGAGACAAUUGAGACAUGGUUUGGGUAUGUGUGCCAUUCAGAGGGUGAAUGGGCAAGACAAAAGAUUUAAGAGCCUUUGAACAGGGUAUGGUAGUAGGUGCCAGGCGCACCGGUUUGUGUGUCAAGAACUGCAACGCUGCUGGGUUUUUCACGCACAACAGUUUCCUGUGUGUAUCAAGAAUGGUCCAACACCCAAAGGACAUCCAGCCAAUUUGACACAACUGUGGGAAGCAUUGGAGUCAACAUGGGCCAGUAUCCCUGUGGAACGCUUUCGACACCUUGUAGAGUCCAUGCCCUGAAGAAUUUAGGCUGUUAUGAGGGCAAAAGGGAGUGCAAGUCAAUAUUAGGAAGAUGUUCCUAGUGUUUGGUAUACUCUGUGUAUAACUUAGGGUCUAAUAUAACUGCAUUGUUUGUUGAGAAAAUAUUAUUGGCUAUUCUAAGCACUAAGGUUAAAAGAGUAAUGGGGGAAUUCCGACCUGAGUGAAGCGUGCGUAAAUGGAACGUAAUUCCAGUUUUAUGCCAUCUUCUACUCAUAUUCUGACCUUGAACCUAAGCAUGACAACAUCAUGCUAUUCACCGCUAUUCAUUUGGGGUGGAGAUCUAAGAAAUGAAGUUUUGGCGGAGGUGUGUCUACAGAUACGCUGUAUUCUGACCUUGAAUAAAUGCCGUAAUAAUUCCACCACCUUUACAUGUGAGGAAACCAUGAAUAAGGUCGAGCGAACCUACAGGUUCCAAGUGGAAAAAGCAUCUACUUUCUUUUUAUUUAUUUAUAGAAAAGUGAUAUAUUCUUUGGUAUCUGGAAGUGUGACCUGUCGGAAUCAAUGAAACUCAUCUUCUAUGACUGAGUGGAAUUUCUUUGAAUUGCACUGAAUUAAAUUAUACUUCCUGUCACUCAAACUCAAAUCAAAGAUUGUCUAUUAUAUUGACAAGAUAGUCAAGUGACCGCUCUACCAAUAGAAAUACAUGUCUUCAAAGAUGGAAGGCAGGCAGGAGGAUGCAAGAUCAGGCUGGACCAUUCUAGCCAGUGAGAGGGCAGUUACGUGUGUGAACAACAGGCCAUAGAGAUGGAUGACUCACCUUUGUAUCUGUGUCAUUAUCGCGUCUGUGAUGGCAUGGCAACGCCAGUGAGGCUAUCUCAGUUUUAAAGUAGUACAUUGUAUUCUUCAUUGGCUGAUUUGCUCCCAACAAUAGGAAUCCCUCAACGACAAUGUCCAUGCUAAAACACAUUAUAGCCGUGAUGAGUCCUCUAUCUCUGACAACAGGCACAACUCAGAUAUAGUCAAAAAAUCUAUAUAUGGUGCCGAAAUCCCAUGUGCGUCCACUUAUAUCCAUGCAUUCGUAACAACCUAACCAUUGUUAAACUUAUUUUUGAUCAAGUAAGCCUCACACGUAGCAAAUUAGCAAUAACAUUCCGACACCUCCAUAAAGAAAUUCCUCAUUAGCUUAUUUCUGCUUAUUUUCAUAAAACCUCUCACUUCGCCUCAUCCUCUCUGUUUAAAUACAAAUUCUACAUCCUGUGUGGUGUGACCAAUUCGAAUUCUGAAUUGAGCCCAACCCUGGAGGAGACUGUUGGUGAUUAGUAGUCCACUACCAUCACAGGCCACAUGGCGGCGCCAUUAAGCUGCACUUACAUGCCCUGCUGAUAGCCAACUUUCUCAAGUUAUGUUGUCCAGAGGUGAGCUGUGUUUUCUAAUGCCAUUGAUCAGACCACCAAGCUAAAUACAAUCAAUCUCUAGGGCAUCAUGCUCAUUAAUAAAGCCUUGUUUGCUCUGUCUGUUCUCUGACCUCUGCGGUGUCGUUGCAGGUGUUUGCAGGCUAUGACUUCAGGGCGAGGAGCAGUCACGAGGUCUCUCUGAGGGCGGGGGAACCAAUCAGAGUCCUGGAACCCCAUGACAAGAAGGGUAGCUGUGACUGGAGCCUGGUGGAGGUGCGGGGGCAGAGGGGUUACGUGCCCUCCAACUACCUGGCAGUGAUGCCCACAUCCACCACGCCCACCGCCACCUACCGCUAGGGUUGCCCCCUACUGCGGGCAUUUGCAUGUAGAGUGCUCCAAGCCCUCAACUGCAGCUCUUGUUUAAGUUUGUAAGUGGGAGGCCGCUUCCAUCACCAGGAACCAGGGGUGCAACGCUGCUUUUUCCUGGAGAGACUGACUGACUGACAGGCAGGUAGAAAUGCCUCCGCACACUAGAGCAUAGCAGGCAGUCCAUCAAGCUUAUCUGUCUGUCUGGAUUUCUCACUCAUUCACUCUCUCACACACACACUCACUCUCACACACACAC